AUGCCUGUCGACGAAUCCAUCUAUGCUUUCUCUGGUGCGCUCACCCUGAAACGAGUGCAAACCCGCUCCGCCGCCGCCUGCGUGAGCUCACUCAAGAUAUCCCCCCACCCACACGAAAUGCUGGCAGUAGGCGACACGAAGGGAGUCUUGACAAUCCACUGGAUGAAUAAAAACCUGGAGAUAUUCCGCAAGAAAAUGGUAAGGCGCGGUCGCCAAUCAGUCGCCAUCAGAGCCCUGGCUUGGAAUCCACAACAACCGAACGAACUAUAUGUUGGGUUUGCGAACGGGGAUCUCAUUGGUUAUAAGCUACGAAUCGAUGUCCACGACACCGGCCACGAGGACCCAUCUUCAUUUCUGACUUUCGGAGGGGCAAUUCACGACGUCGCCCUCCCGCCGUCUGGAACUGAUAUUUUUCUGUUGUUUGGGACCUCGUUAGCGGUUGUCCGCCAGGGAACUCGGGCGCACUCAACCAUUCCAAUGCCCCCUGAGUCUCGCCCAAUUCGGCUUAUCCUUGACGUGACUUGCGUCGUUGUAAUAUUUAUGGUCUCCGAGCCUGGGGUUCUGCCGGCGGCCAUUGCCUACGAUCUUCACUCGUAUGAAAUACGCUGGAAGUUGUUUACCUCCUGCAAUGAUAUGAUCCUUGCAGGAGCAAUUUCUCCCCAACAUACGAAGAUCACUAUUCUGCAUGCUACGAAGGGCGCGGAAACAUAUACCCUACCCAAUCUCGGCCAUAUCUCUACUGUAUUCGCUGCACGGAAGUUCUCUGCCGCAGUUGAUAUUACGUAUGUCGAUCGCGAUACAUUUGUCUGCGGUAGCUCGACUGGGGGUCUUCUAUUUGCGAACGGGACUUCCGGCGAAACCUUUGAAAUGAAGGCGACAGCGAGAGCCACGUAUAUGCUUGCUCGACUGGAUGUCGCACGCAUGGGCGGGCGCCACACCCACGUCGUGACCAGCGAUGGCAAUACAUUCUCUCCGUUUUGCGACGUGUUACAUUUCACGGAGACAGUCCUGCCGAACACCAGGUCCAGAUCAAUCUGGAAAUAUGCCGCUCUUGUUUUGCUUGCGGCCAUGGGUACUAUGUAUUUUCAUUCCAGCGAGGGAAGCGCCUCAGCGAUCUCGUCGGUAGUCAGCAACUUAUCAUCCGCGGUUUUUGCUUCACUCAGUCCUCCUCCCGCGCUCCAAUUCCCUCCAGUGCCCAACCCGCUGGCUCCGUUACCAGAGUCGCCAUCAGAGCCUGCGUCAGAGUCACUCUUGUCGGAGUCUCCCUUGGCGUCAGAAUCUUCGUUGGCGUCGGAGUCUUCUUUGGCAUCGGAAUCUCCCUUGGAUUUGCCCUCAGAGUCGCCCUCGGAGUCGCUCCCCAAAUCGAACCUUUCACCAGUACCCCUGAAUACGCACUUAAGCUUGGAUUUGCCCUCAGAGUCGCCCUCGGAGUCGCUCCCCAAAUCGAACCUUUCACCAGUACCCCUGAAUACUUCUGCAUCAUCGCCGUUAUCCUCACCCAUUAGAGGACCCUCUGAAACAGAAUCGCUAUAUGCAUCACCCCCGUCUGACAGUGACAUCGGCACUGGCCUUGCUGCACGGGACGACCCCAAUUACACAGAGCUCCCCUUGGCCCCGUCCCCUGACCAACACCUUCCACCGCAUGUUCCAUCCGAUCACGCUACGGACCCAGCCGUCAGUACAAUCGGUACGCCCCCCCCUGUUGCCACGGUCACGAUUCUCCGUGAUAUGCAGACUGAGAAGACUGGUAGCGGUCGCGCUGGGAUUGGGGAGUUGGUCUUUGGCGUCAUCUUAGGAAUCACGGCCACUCUCGUUAUCAUGGCUCUUCUCUAUAACCACGCUGCCAUCGGUGAUUGGUUUGCGGGUCAUUUCGCAACCUUUGCAGGCUACUUCUCAACCGCACCCAAACCAUCCGACCAGCCUGCCUCCACUUCCCCUUAG